CCCUUAAACCGUGAGUUUUCUCUGAGGACGUCCAGUGCAGAGAUGGCUGAGCAGUUCAGAGCAGUGGAGGACUUCCUGACCUGUGCUGUGUGUCUGGAGACCUUUAAAGAGCCGGUGACUCUGGGCUGUAACCACAGCUUCUGCUCCGACUGUCUUCAUGGACACUGGGACAAGAACCAGACCAGGAACUGCCCCGUCUGCAGGAGGAAGUCUUCUAAAGAAGGUAUUAAUGUAAACUUUGCCUUAAAGGAGCUGUGUGUCUCUUUCACUGACAAACUGAAGUCUAAGGACAGAGCUUCAGUCUGCAGCACACACCCAGAGGUCCCCCCUCUGUUCUGCACAGACGAGGCCCGGCUCCUGUGUCCUCUGUGUGAGUUCUCUCUUCACAGAGACCACACGGUGGUGCCUGUGGAGCAGGCAGAGAGGGAGCUGAAGGAGCAGCUCCAGUCUCAGGUGGAGGCUCUGAGGAAGAACAGAGCAGAGGCCCAGGCUCUGGAGCAGAUCUACAGAGACACACAGCGGCACGCUCACAGACAGGCUGAGCUCUGUGAGAGGAACAUCAGAGCAGAGUUUCAACGCUUACACAUGUUCCUCAAGGAGGAGGAGGAGCUCCGACUCUCCUCACUCAGGGAGGAGCAGAGCAGACAAGCCCAGAGCAUGACCUCUCAGCUGGACAGGCUCAAGGAGACACUGGCCUCUCUGGAGCAGAACAUCCAGGAGCUGGAGAAGCAGCUGGAGAAGAAAGCAGAGGACUUCCUCCUCUCCUACAGCCCAGCACAGAGCCCCAAAGAGCCCCCAGGCCCCCUCCCUCCUCUGGGGCCUGGACUGCUCCUAAACCAGGCCAAAGUCCUGGGAAACCUGGCCUUCAGCGUCUGGAGGAAGAUGGGACAGAAGGUCGAGUACAGUCCUGUGGUUCUGGACCCAAACACUGCAAACCCACUUCUCAGUCUGUCAGACAAUCUGACCUCUGUGACCUGGACAGAGACUCCUCUCCAGGUCCCUGAGAAUCCAGAGAGAUUCUGUGUAUAUUCUGUAGUUCUGGGCUCUGUUGGUUUCAGCUCUGGGAGACACCACUGGGACGUGGAGGUGGGGGACCACAGUUUGUGGAAUGUAGGUGUGGCUAAAGAGUCGAUCAACAGGAAAACAGAAAAUCCUUUUUCCACAGACUCUGGAUGUUUGUUUUUAAGACGCAUAACUGGGAGAUACUACACUGAUUAUGGUGAGGUGAAAUUAAAACAAAAACCCAAUAAAGUCCGGGUCCAGUUGGACUGUGACAGUGGGAGAGUUUCCUUCUAUGACUCCAGAGACAUGUCUCUUAUUUACAUUUAUAAAAACAUUCCCAAAGAGAAACUGUUCCCAUUUUUUUCUGUGGGACCCACAAAUUAUGAUGAUGAUAAGUGUAAAACCACCAACAUCAGGAUCUGCGCCACAUCGAACCCAGAACUAAACCAGGACUAAACCAGGAUUAAACCAGGACUAAACCAGGAUUAAACCAGGACUAAACCAGGAUUAAACCAGGACUAAACCAGGAUUAAACCAGGACUAAACCAGGAUUAAACCAGGAUUAAACCAGGACUAAACCAGGAUUAAACCAGGACUAAACCAGGAUUAAACCGGGACUAAACCCGGGACUAAACCAGGAUUAAACCAGGACUAAACCAGGACUAAACCAGGACUAAACCAGGACUAAACCAGGACUAAACCAGGACUAAACCAGGACUAAAGCUCGUCUUGAAGAUCUUGAUUCAUUCGUCUUGACAUUGGACAUUUUGUCAAACUCACGAAUGAGCUCGGGACU